AUGACUGAAGUCCCCAAGGCCACGCCCACUUGCUGCGGCAAGAACUCGGGCAGCGAGUGUGUUUGCGCCAAGCAAGCCACCUGCUCCUGCGGCAAGCAGUCUGCCCUCAACUGCACCUGCGAGAAAGCCUCCGAUGAGAAUGCCGUCAGCGGUGCCCGAUGCUCGUGCCGCGCCCGUCCCGCCGGCCAGUGCAACUGCGACAAUGCGUCCAAGGAGAACGCAAAGGUCGCCGGCAGCACCUGCCAGUGCGGCUCCCGACCCGCCGACUCGUGCACAUGCGAGCGUGCCGGUGCCAGCGGCGGCUCGAAUGCCAAUGAGAUCGAUUUCACCACCAAGAAGUAA